AUGUGGGUGCCACUGCUAGUUCGAUUAGCAAGUGGUGGGAUAUUCACCCGGCAAUACACGGGAUUGGAUUUCAUUGGAAUCUUUUCCUUUGAAGCGGUCAAUUUUUUAAAGCAAAUGGGUUUGAUCCCCGUUAGUUGGAAAUUUCUUCCUAGGCAACUAGGAAUCUCCACUUUUGUGGGUGCCACUGCUAGUUCGAUUAGCAAGUGGUGGGAUAUUUACCCGGCAAUACACUGGAUUGGGUACGUUAACCUUAGACUGUACCACAAUUGGGUUGGUUGUUUCCCUUGUUUUCAUAAAAACAACCACUUUGAGACCUUACAAUCCCUUUGGUUUUACCAAAAUUUUAAAGCUAAUCGGUUCAUCCCGAUUAUCAUUGGUUUUUUUGCCUUUGAUGUGGAAUUUGGAGGGUUUAUUCUUAAUUUUUUAAGGAUUUACCUUCAGGGGUAUUUUUGGAAUACUCUCACUAAAAAAGGAAUUGACGGGAUUCAUUCUUUUGGGUUGAUUCUUAAGAAGGAAGUUGGCAAUGUAGUUUUUUGUAACCUUGUGGAUUGUGGUUUAAUUGCGCUUAUGAGAUAUUUACUUACUAGAGGUUGGGAUUUUAUCCAAGGGCAUUUUCGGAAUUCUUGGAUUAUUAUUUUGGAAGAUUUGUUGAAGAGUAAUUGGCUUAGUUUGGGCAACAAAGAAGAUGAAGACAAUUUGAAGAAGAUUUGGAAAUGGUGGGAUUUGUUCGGAAAUAACGGUUUUAGCAUCAUACUUUCUCCGGGUUUGAAGAUUCUCUCUUGGAGCUUAUCGGAUUUUAAAGUGAAGAUUGGAAAGAAGGUUAUCAAUUAUCUUUUGGAGAAGAUUGGGAAGAAUUGCAUGAAGAAUAUUGUUCAAAGUUCAAAGUUAAUUGCUAUUUUCGGGUUUAGUUUUGUGUGGAGAUAUUUGCAUAAUAUUGUUGUUUUGAAUGAUUUGGCCAAUGAUUCUCUUGAGUUGGAUGUUCCUUGGAAGCAUUGGAAGACUAAUAGUAUUCAAACCUUGGACUAUUUGUUUGAGUAUGAGGCCAUCUUUUGGGGUUUGACUUGGAGGAAGAUUGGAAACUAUAUGAAGAUUGAAGACCUUGAAGAUUUCAUUAGGUGGAAGGUUGUUAAUUAUGAUUUUAUUGUGAAUUUCUCUCUCGGUCUUCCAGUUUUGGUGAGUGGCUUGGUUGGAAUUCUGGUGAUCGGAUCUUUUGCCGGUGCCGGAAUUUCAUCAUCGUUGAUUGAAUUCAAUCUAAAACCAGUUCCAAUUGUUUAUACGAUUGGUGAUCGGAUGUUCUGGAAAAUUGGAAGUAUGUUUGACAUGAAUUACAAAGAUCCACCUGAUCCAGCUAACAAAAAUCUAUAUGAAGAUGAUCUGGAAGCUGAUGUUGGAGCUAAACGAAGAGGAAGAAGAGCUAUGCACAAGGAAUUUUCUCCGUAUUCAAUGAUUAAACCAUUACGAUCAAAAGAAAAAAUGGAAGCUAAAAUUAAUCGGUUAAGGGAAGAAAAGAAGUAUCUGAAUGCGAAAUCUAUUGCUGAUGGAUCGAAAGAAGUUCUUCGAGCUGGAGUACGUGAAAUAAUAAAAUCAAAUUAUGGGAAAGAAAAUAUAGAUCCGCAAUUUAUAAAAUCGGAGUUGGAGGCAUUCGAUAAGGUGAUCGCUAAUCAGAAAAAAUUGGAAGAAGAAAAAGGAUUUGUGUUGCUCCAGGUAACCUCAGAUAUGGUUAAAGGAUAUAAUUCUUCUAAGAAUUUGGUGGGUGGAUCAUUUCCUUCGUCUCCUGUUAUUCAUGCGAACAUGGGAAUGGAUGCUGGAACUGUAGCUGGGUCGAACAAUAGAAUUUCAGCUGGAACAAAGAAUGACAAAGGCAAUUUGGUUGAUGAGUCGAAGGUUACUAAGGACUUCAUUUCUUCGAAAUUAAUGAAGAUGGGUUCGUUUGCUUCAGGCCCUGGUUCGUCUUCUUCAGGUCCUGGUCCUGUAAUUGAAACAAAUGAUGGGAAGGGCAUUUUGGGAAAGUUUCCUGUUUCGCAAGAUGCUUCAGUUAAUUCAGGUAUUCCUGUGGUAUUUAAUGCUAAUCCUAUUGACCCAAUUAGUUGUAAUACUAAUUGUAAUGAUGAAGAUAUGAAAGAUUCUAUUAAUGAGAAUGGGAAUUUGGAAGUUGAUUAUGCUAAGUUGGUUAAUGAGUCCAAUAAAAAAUCUUAUGCUCGUAUGGUUGAAUCAACAAAUAAUGUGGUGGAUCUUAAUAUCAAAGUUAUUCCAAAAGUUGAUGGGAAACCUAGUGGGAAAGUGGAGUUACCUUAUGCAGAUUUAAUGUUGGGUGGUGCUCCAUAUCAUGCUACUUUGUAUGGAUUUUUUGUGGGGAAAAAGCUUGCUUUCCCAACAGUUAAUCAUUUUUCUUUUAAGAUGUGGAAGAUAUAUGGGCUGAAGGAUAUAAUGGUGAAUGAUGAGGGAUUUUUUUUCUUCAAGUUUGAUUCAAAAGAAGGAAUGAUGAGUGUGCUGGAGGGAGGUCCAUGGUUGAUUAACAAUGUUCCAAUGUUUGUUCAAAGAUGGAGGCCAGGUCUAGUUUUAAGUAAACCGCAAAUUAAUUCAGUUCCUGUAUGGGUUAAAGUGUUUAAUGUUCCUUUGGAGUAUUGGAACAGCAAAGGAAUUACGUUGAUUGCAAAUGAGAUUGGGAAACCAAUUGCUAUGGAUAAAAUCACUCAAAAAAUGUGUAAUGAGCACUGGGGAAGGCCAUCAUUCAUGCGAUUUCUUGUGGAAAUGUCAGCAGAAUCGGAAUGGAUGAAAGAAUUAAGUGUCGUCUCAAUAGAUUUUGGGACAGGAGAGAAAGUUGAAUCAAAGUGCAGGAUAGAGUAUGCAUGGAGACCUGAUAUUUGUAGUCAUUGCAAAAUUUACGGACAUAAAAAUAAUAAUUGUGGGAUUCUAAAUGGAAAAAAGAAUGAUGGUGUUACUGAUGUUGCUGUUGACAGAGAAGAAAAUGGGAGAAAAGAGAAAGUGGAUGAUGAUGGGUUCAUAUUAGUAACGAAGAAAAACAAUAAAGGGCAGAAAUUUAAUACCGGAGUGGUUAUUAAUGAAGAAGGGAAGGUGGAUUUAAUCAAAUCAUUGGAGAAAAGCACCAAACCUGUUUUAGAAGGAAUGGUUGUUAGCAAUAAUGAUGAAAGUCUUAAGGAUGAGGGUAAUCAAGGAAUGGGAAAAAGCAAAAAAAUUAAAGAACAAGAAAAUCAAAAAGGAGGCCAAAAUGAAGAUCGAAGCAAUGAAGGGGCAGAAAAUCGGAAGAAUGGGGGUAAUUUCUCGAAAUUUGCUGUGGGUAAUCUAAAAAAAGAUGGGAAAGAGAAAGGGGUAUUUCAGUCAAAAGAUGAUAAAAGCGGGAAAAAGAAUGGGACAGGGGUGUUCAUACCAAAAGAGAAAUUAGGAACAAGAGUGAAGAAUGUAAUUGAAAACUUUAAUGCUAAAAAAGAUGGAAUGCAGGGGAAAAGAGAAGAAAAUCAGAAAAAAGUGUAUGUUCCUAAGAAGCAAGUGGAGUUAAAAGUGAGUUCUAACUUUGAUAAUUUAGGUUCUACGUCAGGAAAAAUUGAUCAAGAUGAAAUUACAACACAAAACCCAUUUGAUGUUCUUGCUGAUUUGGGUUUAAGAGAUAUGUCUUAUCUUGAUGAGAUGGAUUCGGAGAUUUUAACUGGAGGUGGCCAGGAGAUAAGCACCGAAAAAAAAUUGGUGAUUAAUGAUGAUGAAUAUAGGGUGUUGGAACGUGAGGGGUUCGAAUUUAAGACCAAAACAGGAGGAAAUAAAAAAUGUGAUAAGAAGUAA